CCCCAUUCUGAUUAAAAAACUUAUGAUUUGAUUGAUAAAAUAAAAAAUUAAACUUUAAGAAAUUAUGUAAUAUUUAAAAUAUUUUCAACAAUAAGUACACACUGGCCACCAAAUGCCGCUGCAGGGAAAUUUUUUAAGUUCUCUCCUGGCAAGGACUGCGGCAAGGAAACUGCAUCCGACCUUAGGUUUCCUGGUCCAGCGAUCCUACUCCUCAGAACCAGUAGAUCUGAGUUUCGAUGUAUAUCCAGGAGAAAGCCCCACCAAGCCACCACUGGUGAUCCUGCACGGGCUUUUCGGUUCGAAACAGAACUGGCGCGGAGUAAGCAAGGCUCUGGAGAGGACGAAUCCUAGAAAGAUCUAUGCCAUAGAUGCUCGCAACCACGGCGACAGCCCUCAUACACAAGUCCAUGACUCAACGUCCAUGAGCGCAGAUGUGCGACACUUUCUGGAGAUGCGGGAACAGCCCAUUGCUGCUUGUCUGGGCCAUAGCAUGGGCGGCCGUACCAUGAUGCACUUCGCCCGCGAGAACCCCAAGAUGGUGGAACGAUUGAUUGUGGCGGACAUAUCGCCGAUUGCUCUGCCCCGAUCCACCAAAGAAAUGAAACUCAUCUUUGAUGCGAUGCUGAACCUGGCCAUUCCGAGCACUCUGUCCAUGUCCGAGGGAAGAAAAUUGGCGAGGAAUCAUCUGAUGGAGGAACUUGAUACUGGCACCGUCGACUUUAUCAUGCUGAAUCUGCGUAAAAAUUCGGAAACGGGCGAGUUCUCUUGGGCCUGUAACGCCGAGGUGCUCAGUCAGUUCACCGGACGCAUCGAUGAGUAUCUGUCAAAAGGGGACCAACUGCCACCGUACACCGGACCCACCACUUUCAUUUGCGGAUCGAGAUCACCUUACAUGAAGGAAGAACACUGGCCGCAGAUUCUCGAAAUAUUUCCCAAUGCCGAGAUUCAUUGGCUGGAUGCAGGACACCUGGUUCAUUUUGAGCGCCCGCACGAGUUCCUUCAGUUAGUCACCGAGUUUCUCAAUAGAACGUAAAGAAAUAAAAAAUUCUUUGUGUUUCAAAACAACAUUUAUGAAUAAAUAGUAAAAUAUAUUUUGUAAUAGCAAAAA